AAGCGCCUGACUUGUUUCUGUACAAAGGUCUCGAGUUUGUUGCUCGCCCAGGGAUCUGGUGGACGACAUCCACUUGCUGCUCUAAAACAUCGCUGCACAGGACCAGGUGCUCAGCCAUUCAACACGCGUCUGUAGCUUAAGCCGCAGGUUCCAUUAUGGGUCGACUUGAUGGGAAGGUCAUCGUGCUGACAGCUGCCGCUCAGGGGAUUGGCCGGGCAGCUGCCUUAGCUUUUGCAAGAGAAGGUGCCAAAGUCAUCGCCACGGAUAUCAAUGAGUCCAAACUUCAGGAACUGGAAGAGUACCCCGGUAUUCAAAUUCGGACCCUUGACGUCACAAAGAAGAAACAAAUUGACCAGUUUGCCAAUGAAAUCGAGAGACUUGAUGUUCUCUUUAAUGUUGCUGGUUUUGUCCAUCACGGAACCAUCCUGGACUGCGAGGAGAAAGACUGGGACUUCUCGAUGAAUCUCAAUGUCCGCAGCAUGUACUUGAUGAUCAAGGCAUUUCUUCCUAAAAUGCUUGCACAGAAAUCUGGCAACAUUAUCAACAUGUCAUCUGUGGCUUCCAGCAUCAAAGGGGUCCUGAACAGAUGUGUGUACAGUGCCACCAAGGCGGCUGUGAUUGGCCUCACGAAGUCCGUGGCCACAGACUUCAUCCAGCAGGGGAUCAGGUGCAACUGCGUGUGUCCAGGAACGGUUGAUACCCCAUCUCUGCAAGAACGAAUACAAGCCAGACCAAAUCCCGAAGAGGCACGAAACUGUUUCCUGAAGAGACAGAAGACUGGAAGAUUUGCAACCCCAGAAGAAAUAGCCCUGCUGUGUGUGUACUUGGCUUCUGAUGAAUCUGCCUAUGUAACAGGUAAUCCUGUCAUCAUUGAUGGAGGCUGGAGCUUGUGAUUUUGAUCUCCUUGCUGGGAAGGCAGGCCCCUCCUGUCCACAGUGAACCUGGUUAUGAAGAAAAUUCACCCCUCAUGUCUUUCCUGUUAGUGGCAUAUUAAUGAAAACAAGCCCCUUUUAAUGAUGUCAUUGUUCACGAGAGUCAGAUUCUUUAAAUAUGUUAAUCUCUUUCUAACCUCUUCUGAAAUCAUUGUAGGGAGAUGACAUAAAAGAUAAUGAACUCACUGCAAAUGAAUAGUUUUAAAAUAAACCACAAUUUGCAAGCAUAUAAAAUUAAAAUGUGAAUAUGAAUAAUGGAAAGUUUUUAAGAAAAAGGUAUUAAUUUGUAUUUUACUUCUAUUUCAAAUUAUUCAACUAUUUUGUACAAUUCUGCAUUGGUCUGUACAUGGAUACUAAUUUUAAAAUUUUACACCAUUACAAAUGAACACAAGGUAGGAAGGAAUUUAGCUUCAGUAACUUACAUUAAAAGGACUUUAGAUUUGGAACUAUACUGUUGAUCUGUUAUAUAAAAGAAAAACAAUCAUCAAGUGUUUAUACUUAACGGAUGUUAUCACUCAAAAUUAAGUGCUGUCUUCUUAGUUUAAGUAAAAAAUCUUUCUUAAAAUAACCAAUGACAUUUGGCAUGGGCCUAAGAAACUUAUAAUGAACUAGCAGUAUUGGCAAUUUGAGUGAUAUUUUUUCAGUUAAACGUAGAUUUUUUUUUCACCAAAUUUCAGGUUAAUUCUAAGAGGACAUGAAAUUUAGAAACAGUCUCUGGGUAAAUAAAUAUAAGUGAAUCAUAUAAUAGGAAACAAAAUUAAAGAAAAUAAAAUUUUUAAGGAAUGAUGAAAUAGAAAAAGAGAAUUAAGGAAUAUAAACUUCCAGUUAUAAAAUAAAUAAGUCACAGAGAUGAAAAGUACAGCGUAGAGAAUAUAGUUAAUAGUACUGUAAUAACAUUGUAUGGUGACUACACUUAUCAUGGUGAGCACUGAAUAAUGUAUAGAAUUAUUGAAUCAAUAUGUUGUACACCUGAACUUAAUACAGCAUUGUAUGUUAAUUAUAAUUCAAUUAAAA